GUUCAUACAUCAAGUCUGUCUUUUCUAUUUAGUAUUUUCAAAUUUGUUUCGGAAACCUCAAUCAUCAUUCUUAUCAUAACUUUUUUCAUUUCAAAUUUUGUGAUUCAUAACUUUUUUCAUUUCAAAUUUUGUGAUUCAUUUGUUUUAUGAACAAUUUGAUUGUGGAGGUGUGUGAAUCCAAAACAAUCAACAAAUUCUCAAGUUGACUCAGUAUGUCAUAUCCAGAACGAGAGAAGUGAAUCUGAGACAAUUCCGCAAGCUUAGUGUGACCAAUCAAUCCAUUUAUCCAAGUCAGAGGAAUUAUAGCUAGUUAGCUGGCCGACACCCUACCCUUCAAACAAACCAUCAAACCAUUUAAAUCAACCAUCUACCAUCAACCCUAAUUCGAUCUAACAAUAAUCAGAGUGAGAUUCAUUGGGAAAGUUGCAUAAGGUCUACUAGCUGUGCUGUGGAGCCUGGCAUUUCUUUCCUUCCAAAGUGCAUAUAUGCAAGCUUGGAAAAUGAGCUUCAAGAUGAGCAGCAAGUUCAAAUCUCUUUUUUUUUUUGUGCUAAAACUAUUAAUGAAUCGCUAAUUAAAUGUUAAAAUCAAUAUGGAUCUCCCACGUUAUUAUUUAUUUUAAUGCAAAUUCAAAACAAAUGCAAAAUUGAAAAGUCAUAGAAUGUAUAAACGGAGAAAAAAGAAAGAAGCCAAUUUAGAAAAAUUGCGCGAUUGGAGGGAAAGCCACUAAGAAAAAUAGGAACAAACACACAUUUAAAGAAGAAGAAGCCAAUCCAAAAAAAAGAAGAGAAUUCCGACAAAAAAUUUCAAUGGCCGUUAACGGUGACGACAAAGUUUCAGAAACAGCUUCAGAUCGGCCCGUUAGAGUCUACGCUGAUGGCAUCUUCGAUUUGUUCCACUUCGGUCAUGCUCGCGCCAUCGAACAAGCAAAAAAAUCGUUUCCGAACACAUAUCUGCUGGUAGGAUGUUGUAACGACAAGAUUACCAACAAGUUCAAAGGCAAGACCGUCAUGACGGAGUCCGAGCGUUAUGAAUCUCUCCGACAUUGCAAGUGGGUCGAUGAAGUGAUUCCAGAUGCACCAUGGGUUCUCACCAUAGAGUUUCUCGAUAAGCAUAAGAUCGACUACGUAGCUCACGAUGCUCUUCCCUAUGCGGAUGCUAGUGGAGCUGGAAACGAUGUUUAUGAGUUUGUAAGUUUCUUCCCUUUGGUUAUCUCUUCGGACUCAUGGUGUUUUUUAGCGGUUUUGGGCUUUGGUUUCUUGCAGGUGAAGUCGAUCGGGAAGUUUAAAGAAACGAAACGAACAGAGGGGAUAUCGACAUCAGACAUAAUCAUGAGAAUAGUUAAAGAUUACAACCAGUAUGUGUUGCGUAAUUUGGACCGAGGAUAUUCAAGAGAAGAACUCGGUGUCAGCUUCGUUAAGGAGAAGAGGCUUAGAGUGAACGUUAAACUGAAGAAACUACAGGAGAAAGUGAAAGAACAGCAAGAGAAGAUACAAACCGUAGCAAAAACUGCUGGGACUCACCAUGACGAAUGGGUUGAAAACGCUGAUCGCUGGGUUGUUGGAUUUCUCGAAAUGUUUGAGGAAGGUUGUCAUAAAAUGGGAACAGCUAUCAGAGAUGGGAUCCAGCAAAAGCUAUUGAGGCAAGAGUCAGAAGAGAACCGGCGCUUGAACGGCCUGUCAAAUGCCAAGGAGGAACAGAUUUUUGAUGACGCUGGGUUUGCAAAAGGAGAUUAAAACUAUCAUAAUGAUCAUGAAGGUUCCUUAAAUGAGAGCAACAAAAAGAAUAAGAUAGUAAAGAAAUGAGAGUUCUUGGCUAAUGAUUCAAGAGUUUCCACAGCUAUGGCAUUAGUAUUGCUUGUUUUAUUAUGUUCAACUUGUUGUUACUUUCUAAGACUCACAUGCAGCAGAAGUUAAAGCUGUCACUGAUAUAGAAUAUAUGAUCAAAACACUCAAAAAUGAUAA